GAGAUGGCAGUGAUUGUUGCUAGCCGGACGUCUUACUCUCCGCUGAGCGAUGCGGUUCUUCGAGUGCUGGCUCCAGCUGGCCCUCCAUACACUUCAUCAAUCAACCUUACCAAAUCCUACGUCACGGGUUCUGUAUUAGCGGUCCUCGGUGGCGCACUACGAUACUGGUGCUACCGUACGCUAGGCCGAAUGUUUACUUUCCGCCUCAGCAUCGUCAGAGAUCACCGGUUGAUAACCACCGGCCCGUACGGUAUUGUACGGCAUCCAAGCUAUACCGGUAUUCUACUCGCCAUACCCGGCAUUCAGUUAUGCAUGCUGGGUCCGGGAUCUUGGCUGAGAGAAAGCGGGAUGCUUGGGAAGGUCUGGGGCAAGGUCUUCCUUGUGUACUGGGGCGUUCUCUGCGCAGCAGCGUACCCUUCGGUGGUGGCUCGGGUGCCCAAGGAAGAUGAGAUGAUGAGGAACCGCUUUGGAGUAGAAUGGGAGCAAUGGGCAAAACAGGUUGCCUAUAGAAUCAUUCCCGGUAUGUAUUAG